AUGGAACGUUGGGUCGGUAAAGUUGUCAUAGUGACGGGAGCUAGCUCAGGUAUCGGCGCCGAAAUGGCUGUGCGUCUAGCCGACCUGGGCCUUAUAGUGAUUGGUAUGGCCAGAAGAAAACAUUUAAUCGAUAAAAUUGCUGAGAAAGUGACCGGUAAAGGCAAAAUUUAUUCGAAACAAGUAGAUCUAUCCAAAAGCAGCGAAAUAAGAGAAGCAUUUGAAUGGAUCGAACAGAAGUUCGGAGGUGCUGAUAUCCUUGUCAACAAUGCUGCUUAUUUACCCGUUGGAUACAUUACUGAUAUUGGAGACAAGCCUGAAGUCAAUGACGAAGAAAUAAAACUGGCAGUUGAUGUAAACGUCACUGGUAUAUUUUUAGCUUCACGUCUAGCAGUCAAGAAUAUGAGGAAAAGGGGGGUUGCUGGACACAUUGUUAACAUAAACAGUGUGUGUGGCCACUAUGUGGCUCACUACGGAACUGCGAGCGUAUACGGAGCGACCAAACACACAAUCGCUCCAUUCACCCAUGCUCUUAUCAACGAACUUGCCAAAUUUAACAGCAAAAUCAAAGUUACGAGCCUUUCUCCUGGUGUCGUCAACACGGCAAUGCUUCCCAGUGAACUAGUGAAUGCGCCUCGGCUCGAGUGCUCAGAGGUCGUCGACGCCCUCAUAUACGUCCUCUCCACGCCACCUACUGUUCAAAUCUACGAAUUGGGACUUAAGGCAGUCGGUGAAGGACUUUUG